AUGCGUGCAAAUCCAACAGCACAAUUGAAAGGUUUUGCUGAUCAUUAUGAAAAAUGUAUUCAAAAUACUACUCAAUAUGAACGUUUAAUGUCUGAAACAGAUCAAGAUAAACGAUUAAAAUUAUGGGCAGAUUUAACAAUGAUUGCACGUCGACAAGAAAUAUGGGAUAUAUGUCGAAUAGCAGCACGUUUUUGUUUAUUAUAUGAUAAUGAACAACGUCGUUCAAUAUUAAAUGCAACUGAUCAAUCAUUAAUGCCAAAUGUAUUUCAACGUGAUCUUAUUCGAAUUUUAGCUGAAAUACAUUUUAUUGCUGGCGAAGCUGAAAUAGAAUUUAUACGUGAACGUCGUAUAGAAUUAUUUGAUACACCUAUUCGACCACCAAUGCCAACAGUACCAGCUGCACAACGAGUACAACAACAACAAGAAUCCGAUAAUGAUUGGAAAUAUUAUUGUCAAUGGCUUCAACAAUUAUCUACUCGUGCUUGUACACAUUUUGCAACUGGAACUAUUUUAGGUCAAUUACUUAAUGAAUCAUGGCUUGUUUGUCGUUCGGGAGAAUAUUUAUGGAAUUAUACACGUCAUUUAUUUUAUAGUAAUCGUUUACGUCUUAUUCUUGAUCCAUUAUCAACAAUUGUUAAUGGAUUGAAAAAAGUUGGCUUUGAGCGUGAAAUUCUACUUUUGGUAAAUUUAUGUGUCUCACUUGGUAAUGCUUAUAUAACGCCAUUACCAACAUCGGCUGAUGAUACACGACCGAUAUCGAAUGCAGAAACGACUCCCAUACCACAACAAGCUCCAACAACAACAACAACAAAAAAAGGAGCAAAAGGUGAUCAACAAGCUACUGCAGCAAAUGUUGUACCUGCUGGAUCACCACUCACAUCUGUUAAAACUGAUGAUCUUAAAGCUGCUCUUGAUAUAUGCGAAUAUGCAAUAAAUCAAACAAAUGAAGAAGUUGCUAAACCUCUUUCGAUUUCAAUUCGAGAUCGUCAAACACUUUUACAAUUAUGGGUUACUAUUAAACAACAACUACAACAAUCAAUUAAAUCAUCUCUAUCCACUAUUCUUGGUGAUGAAGAUGAAAAUACAUCUAGUUUAAAUACAUUAUCACGAGCUGUUAUUGCUGUGGAUACACUUUCACGUCUUGAUAAUGGUUGGCAUGAUAAUAAAGAUGGAAUGAAUCUUAAACAGGUACCAACAGUUACAUUUGUUGAUGAUUGUACAUGGAAUGAUUCACUUGUUGAAUUACAAUUAUGGUGUCGUUUGGGUAUAAUUGCUAAUCGUGCUAAUGAUAUUGAAACAACUGUUUAUUGUCGUGAUAAAACUCUUGAAUUAAUAACACUUUUUCAAACACGAAAAGUAGAAAAAUUUCAAUUAUCAUUAGCUAAUGAAUAUGUUAGUCGUGCAUGUGGUGCUCAUGCUGAAUGUUUACUUAAACAACAAACUGGACAAAAACAAGAACGAAAAGAAGUACUUGCUGUUCUUGUUGAAGCAGCAAGUUAUGCAUCAAAAGCUGAUUUAUAUGAAUUAACAAUGCAUUUAGCACGUUAUUUUUGGAAUACAUGUCGAGUAUCAAUAAAGCGUAAAUUAGAACGUGCACUUUUAUUUGAUCCAUUAAAUGAACUUAUUCAUCAUAUAAAUACAGUUGCACCAAAAUCAAUUGUUGCUAGUCUUAAUGAUAAAGAAAUAAAAGAAGAAAAAUCUGUUUCUACAGAUAAUUUUAAACCAAAAAAACAACCAUUAAUUAAUAAAAAAGAUAAAAAAUCAUUAUCAAUUGAUGAUGAACAAUCACAAAUAAUAACAUCCACAUCAAAUCCACAGGAAGAUGCACAAAUACGUUCAGCACUUUAUGGUGUUUUAGUACAAAUUUAUAUGGAUAAACAUUCAUGGCAUUCAGCAUUAGAUGCUAUUGAUAAUGCAUUACAAGUUUUACCACGUACACAACAUCGUUUACUUUUAUAUAAAUAUCGAGUUUUAAUUAAAUCAAAAUUAGGUUUAUCAAUUAGUACGGAUAUGCAAAAAUUUCGUGAACAAGGUGAAUUAGCAUUAGCUAAAAUGUGGAGACAAGUUGCAAUUAUGGCAAAAAAACGUGAACAUGUUAUUAAUGCAUAUCAACAUGCUAUUGCUACAUUACAAAGUUUUGAUAAUUAUUGGACUAAAAUUGAUUAUAUAUUAGAAUUAGCAAGUUGGCUAUAUGGUAAUGAAUAUCUUAUUGAUAAUGCUAUUGAUUUAAUUGAAUGGUCUAUUGAUUUAUUAUUAACUUCACCUGAAGUUUAUAAACAAGCAGAAUUAAAUGUCAUUGAUGAACAAGAUUCUGAGAUACCUAAUAAUCGUUCAUCAAUGAUUAAAAGUGAACGAGAACGUAAUGAAACGACACCAAAAGCAGAAAUUGGUAGUAAUCCAGAUCAAGCUCAUUUAGGACCAACAAAACCUAAACUUCCUAAUCGUUUACAACCGGAUUUAUCAAUUGGUGAAGUAGUUCAAGUUCGUCGUCUUGAAUAUUUAUGUCGAUGUCAUAUAUUACUUGCUAAUAUGGCUCGUCGAAAUCAACCUGAAUAUGAACAAUUAUUACAAAAAGCUUAUUGGUUUCUUACGCGAUUAUGGCAGCGUGGCUUAUUGGAUAGUAUUGAAAUUAGUAAAGAUGCUGAAGCUGAAGUGGCUGCUGCUGCUGCUGAAGCACAAAUAGCUGCAGCUGAUACAGGAAAAAAACAACAACAAAAAGGAGCACCAGGUUCAGCGACGAAAAAGAAACCACCCGCUGUACAAGCUGGAAAGAGUACUGAUAAACAAGCAACAAAUAUAAAAGCUGGUACAUGGGAUACAUCAACACCCAAAAAUCUAUCUGAAUGGGCACUGUUUGUACCUAAUGAUGAUAUAAUACAAACAUAUACAUUAUCACAAGCAAAACAACGAGGUUUUAAUAAAAAUACAAUAUCAAAACCGCUUUUAUCAUUUUAUUAUUUGGAUAUGUUUGUUCGUCUUUUACGUGAAUAUGGUUAUAAUCAUAUGAGUUUACCUGUACUUAGUUUUAUGAGACUUAUUGGUCAAAUAAUUUUGCAAAGUUCAUCUAUUCGUAUUUAUGUCUUACUUCGUAUUCAACAACUAUGUCAAGAAUUAAAUCUUCUUGAACCAAUGCAAACAAUUUGUCAAUUGGCACGUCCAUUUGCUAUUCGAGAUGAUGAUUUAGCUACAUCACGAGCCGAAAUGAUUAUAUAUACAAAAUUACUUGCACAACAACGUGAAGAAGAAACAUUAUUUGAAUCAGCAUUAGGUAGUAGUGGAUUAAAAAGUGAAGCUCGUUCAUAUGGUACAUCAGCUUAUUCAUCUCCAAUGUCACGAAAUCAAGCAAAUGAUCCAAAAUCCUUAAUAGCUGAUUUACCAGGAGAUCGACAAAUAUUAAAUAAAUUAAUAACAAGAAAUAUAUGGUUACAAACAGCUAAUUUACUAUUUGAAUUAAAUUUUAUACAAGAAUCAAAAGAAAUGUUACAAGAAAUUCUUAAUCAAGCUAAAACUUAUGAUGAUCAAACAUGUGAAACACGUGCUUAUAUUCUUUUGGGUGAAAUUGCUUUAUAUGAACAUCGUUUUGAUCAAGCUAUUGAUUUAGCUAUGAAAGGACAACAAAUACCAAUUGAUGAACAAGAUUGGUAUCGAUCAGUAAUAACUGUUAUUGAAGCAUUAAGACAAGAUACAAAUCAAGAUUUAUACAAACAGAAAAAAAUUCGAUCUUUACUUGAAACAUCUAUUAAACGACUUGAAUCAAUUGCACAAUUACAUAUUAAUAAACUUAUAUCAAUUGCUUAUGCUGCUUCACUUCUUAGUACUAAACGAAUUGAAGUUGAUUUGAAUGAAAUCUUAAGUCAACCAACAGUUAAUGCCAUUGAUAAUAAAUCAGUAUUCUAUCGUUUAUAUGAAAUCCUACAACAAUAUGAUAUUUCAUUUACUAAUAUGCUUAAUCUUGAUCGAUAUAAUGAUGCUUGUGAAUUAAUGCUUACACGAUCAGUACCUAUUUGGAAGCGUUUUGCUCGUGAUACAACGAAUCAAAAUGAACAAAAAAAAUAUUUAUGUCGAGCACUUAAUAUACUUGAACAAUUAACUGAAAUACUUGCUGAACGUUGGCGUUUAAUACGAAUAAUAACAUCACAAAAUGAUUUAUCAGCAAUUCAAUUACCAAUUCAACGUCAAUUUAUUCGUGUACAACUUGAAAUUAUUAUUAUAUUACUUGAUCUUUUAAAAAUUUCAGCACAUGAAAUGUUUAAUGAACGUUUAAGACGAAAGAAAACUCAUGCUACAUAUUUAGCUGUACAAUAUUUUGUUGGUGAAGAUGAACAAAAAGAAGAAAAUAAUGAUGAAGAUACAAAUAUCAUCAAAUGGGAGGAAAUGAUAAAAGUUUUACCAGAUAAAUUAAUAACUUCAAUAAUGGCUGUUCUUGAAAUAAUUGGUACAACUGAUAAAACAACAAAAGCAAAGAUCUUAUUUUAUUUGGCUCAAGUUUAUUCAAUUCUUGGUCAAAAUUUCGGUACCGAUUAUCCACUUGAAUGGAAUAUGAGAAUUAAAAAUAUUUUCACAAAAUUAAAUGAAAUGCCAAUAGACAAAUCAGGAUUUAAACGAAUGGGAUCACAAAGUAGUUCUAAUUUUAAUCAAACAGCAAUUUCUUUUGAUAGUGAAUCAAUAACAGAUGAUUUAUUAGCUGAAUCUACUCGACAAAAGAUGGAAUUAAAUCAAUCAAUGUCAUAUCUUGGUCAAUCAAUGGAAUUAGCAUUACAAUCAUUGAAUAUAGCUUUAUCUAUUCAAGAUAAAAUACUUAUUCGUGAUUGUAGUUUAUUACUUUGUGAAACAAUUGGUCAAUUUGAUCCAAUAUCAAGUAUUACUUAUUUAAUAUUGAGUCAAAAUGCAAGUGCUUCAAUUUAUACAGAAACUAUUUUGAAACGUGCAUGUCAUAUUCCAAGUGAUUCAGAACUUGCUUCAUUAUUUAUAUUAAUUAAUCGAAUAAAACAAGAUGAAACAAUUACAAAUGCAAAUAAUAGUAUUAUAUAUCGAACAAUGAUGGAUCGAUUAAAAACCUAUUGGCCAUGGAAAUACAUGACAAUUCGACCACAAUAUUAUGAUUUAAUAAAAGAUAUGCCAGCUUCAUUCAAUUUUCUUAUUUUACAUUAUUCAUCUAAUAGUGAUAUACUUUAUACAGCUUUGUUCAAUAGUAAAAUGUCAAGUGGAAAAGCAACAAUAUCAACAGCAGCUACUAAACAAACGAAUCCAAAAUCGAUCGCUUCAACAAGUGGAUAUGUAAGUCCUCAAAUAAUGAAAAUAAAUGUUGAUAAAAACAAAUUAAAUAAUUUAAUCAAUAAAUAUAAUCAAUGGAAACAAGAAUAUUCUGAAAUUUUACAACGAUAUGAUAUUAAACUUCAAUAUAGUCGAAAUAAACAAGUUAUGCUUAAUUCUGAACAAUCUGAUCCAGUUGAUAUUAGUUUAAUAAAUGAAUUUAAACAACGUUUUAUGGAUGAAUUUAUUGUUGAAUUAAAUGAAUAUUUUUUACCUGUUAAUUCAUUACUUUCAAAUUAUCUUGAAUCUGAAAAACAGUAUGAACUUCGAACAUCACUUAGUUCAGAUCAUCUUAUUCUUCUUGUUGAUCCACGUCUUGCAAAUUUACCACUUGAAUCAUUGAAUAUAUUUAAACAUGUUCAAAUUGGUGGUAUUUCACGUGAUUUUUCUAUUCAAUCGAUUUAUUAUCGUCUCAAUGCAAAUAUUUCUCUUGAUGAAAGUACAAUACCAACUGACGAAAACAAAAGCAAAAAAGGUGGUGCAAAAGAAGGCGGUGAAGCUACAAGUGAUUUACAAGUCGUGGAUGCAGUAAAUACUUAUUAUUUAAUGGAACCAGUUUUAGUUAAAUCAUCAAUUGAAAAUAAAGUACCUACACCAUUUGAUUUACUUCGACAACGAUUUCCUCAACUUAUUGCUAAAUGGAAAACAAUUAAACAAGAAGGAUCAACAAUAAAUACUGUUGAACUUGAACGCAUAAUAAGUGAAGCUCAAGGUAUUGUUUAUUAUGGUGCACAUACAUUGAGUGAAUUAAUCGGACCAUAUAAAUGUCCAACGUUAUCUAAAAAUGGUUGUACAAUAUUAUGUUCAUUUGAUCGAACAUCAACUAGUACAAUUAGUACACCUAUGUCAUCGUUGGAUGAUAGAAAUUCAAUUGAACUUGAUCAUGCAACUGAAACAGCACUUUUAUGGAGUUCAGGUGGUAUUAAAUCAAUAUUACUUAAUCAAUGGAAAUCAACAAUGAAUGAAAAUGAAAGUUUAUUAAUCAAUGUUUUUACUGAUAUCGCAACACUUCGUUGUUCAUUAAGUCAAGCAUUACGUUUGUAUGUAUAUCCAUAUUUUCGUCCAAUAGAAAUCGAUCCAACAGCAGCUACAACAACAUCAAAAGACACAAAAACUAAAGGAAAUACUACUGUUAAUAAAAAAGCUCGUUCACCAUCGCCUAAAAACAAAGAACAACAACCACAAUCAGCAGCUAAAAUGGAUCCGAGUAAUAAAAAAAAGUUAUCAUUAGCUCCUCCAACUGAGAUUAUUUCCGAACUACCAUCAACAAAAGAACCCAUCGAAGAAAGACAACGACCAGCCUUGCAACUUCAACAAUUGAAUACUGUUAUUUUUGGAUUACCAAAUCUUACAUUUGCACCUUGA